UAUGCCUCUUCAAGCAAAGGCUAGGUCCACCGCCGACAUCUGUAGUGGCGUCAGGAAGGGCAUCCGACCUUAAUACGAAGCUGCCAAUCUAAUAAUAGUGAUGUGGAUAAAAAUGAUCCGCACUGGCGACCCAUGAUGAACAUGGAAAAGCCAGUUGAAGAAUAAGUUCAUUUCCAGAUUGUCAGCCAAUGUUUAGUCUUCCCUUUUCCCUCGUGAUGGAACUACAGCAUCACCAUUUAGUUUUGGUAAUUCUUGUGUGUUUCACAACAGCGAGUUUUUAUAAAGUUAUAUCCACCGAUAAAGGAUAUUACUACAGACCUACCACGUCCUUUGCAACAAGCACGAAGAUUUCAGACGUUGAUGUGUGUCGCUCGCUAUUCACCAUUAAUGGCGUUCCUAGCAAGAACGUUUUCCGCCAUGUUGCCACGAGCGAGACACCCGGGGCAAAAUCCAGGGCUGCCGUAACCUACGGCGAGGAAGAGAUCGCUGCUGCUGCCAGGGGAGUGCGGCACUUGGUGCACAAGAGGGCGUCAUCCUCGGGGCCUGACACGGCCGACUAUCGUGUCCUCGGCGCCCUUUUGCCCAAUCUCGUGUCCUUCGAGCACCUCAAAGGAGAGGACGAAGCCCCGGCCGGGACGAAGCAGGGUCAGCCGAGGCCGCACGUCCGAGGGGGAAGCAGAAUCGACGCCGGCGGAGGCGUGUUGCCCUUCGUGCCGUGCGUCAUCGCGCCCUACGACCAACCGGCCUCCUUCGCCACCUGCGUCAGGAGGAGGCUGGAGGAAAAGGGCUCCUUCUGGAUCUACUUCAUGGGGGACUCCAAAAUUAGACACGUGUUCCUGCAUUUAUUGGAUCGGACUGACAAGAUAUUCCGCUACAGGAUUGAGUGUAAGAACGAAACGAUGACGUACAGAGAGUUGGACAGACGAAUAGACGAGUUGAGGUGGGAGACCAUGGAGGCCGUGGCCCCGCUGUUUCCGGGCCUGCGUGUCACCAACAGGUUCAGCAUGUUCGAGGAGCACCGGCCAUCCAAGUUCUCGAAGUCGAAGGAGCUGAGGCAGCUUCAGCGCUGGUCCGAAGGCGCUGAGGAUCUUCCCGACCUGCUGAUUGUAGGCUACACUUCCUGGAUGCUGCAGCAGACCCGCCUGUAUAACAAUGCAUCUCGCUCCAUACACGAUGUGCUGGCGAUGAUGCUCGAAAUGCACCGUUACGUUGUGCCUCGUCUGGAAAAGAUAUCAAAGGCCACGCGAGUCAUCGUGCUGUCCCAGAGCCGCCAGCGUCCUCACUCUUCGGAUAAGUUCAACAAAAGGGCGACCUUCAGCAACGCGAACCUCGAAUGGAGUGAAAUGACUUUCCUGCACUUGAUGCGAGCAUACAGAGAGGGCCAUGCCUUCGUCCGUCGCGACGGGCAGCAGGCAGACGCCCAGGACAGCGAGCACGAAACGAAUCGUCAGGGAUCGUUCGACUGGAAUCAUGCAGAGAAGACGCAGCAGUCCACACACACACAGGAUCGUGAUUUCAGUAACGAACCGCAAGACAGAGGCGCUGCAGACGAUGGAGAACUCCUCCCCGGUAACAACCAUAGGCACGGCCAACGACUAAAAGACCACUCAGUGUCGUACCGGGACCAUUUGAUCCCUAGAACGUCCACGCCGGGCCUGUGGUGGUGGGACUCGAGCAUCCCGAUCAACUUGGCGGAGAUCGAAGAGUGCAACGAGCUUCACCGUCGAGACCUGAUUGGUGACGUGGCUUACACAGGUCCUCCUCUCGUUUGCAGGGACAAUCACCACGCCGGACCGGGCACGAAUUCUGAUCUCGUUACCAUGUUACUGAAUCUAGCAUGUAAUUCCGUCUUAGGUAUGUCUGAGACAUUCUGUUGCACGUGAAGAUGGCACUUGCGUGCAAGCGCGUGUGUGUGUUUGGAAUUCCGUGCCUCCCCCCUCCUCCCCCCCACCAACUAUUUCUCUCUCAAACGUCUCGCCUUCAAAUAAAUAUAUUUUAUUUAUAGCACUUCUCUUCUACAGUAGUAUCGACACGUAAGAUGUUUCACGGACUUAUGAAGGCGCCUGCGAUAAGGAUGAGUCCAAAAGGGCAAAGAUAAAUAUGUAUGACAGAAAAAAUUGUGUGAAACGAAAACGGAUGCACAUUUAAAAAUGCAAUAGUAUCCGGUGCCGACAUUGGAAGAGGGAGUGAAAGAAUAACGAUAAUUGUGAGAAAAGUAUGCAGAAGAUUGAAGGCAAUAAGACUAUCGUGGAUUAGUAUGAGAUAAGGGCAAGAGAGACUAGUAGGAUAACAAAAGGCUUUGAUAAUAGUAAGUGUGGCCAUGGAGGCAGGGAGGCUAAUCUUACAGCUCCUGAUUCAUCCUUGUUUUAUAUAUGUCGUUACCAAUACAUGCUUCUACUUA